CAGUUAUACGUCAAUGUUUUGGCUACGGAUGUUUAAACCCAAUUUAUAUUUGUUUCACCAGACAAAACUAUGGAGUAGGAGUACUGUACCAUUCAUGCAACAACCAAAAACGAAACUUCAUAAAUAUAAUAUAUUGAUUCCAGAUCGCUUUUGACAGUCAAGAAUGAUACAAAUUAAAAUUGAAUCAAAGCGAAACUUCUUAUUUUCAUAACGUAAAAACAAAAAAAGGAAUAUCGAUAUAAGUUUACGCAUAAUUAUACGAAUUUCCUAAACAUACUUAAAAAGUUUCAUCAGUUUCAUAUGGUAAUAUUGUUUUCACCCGUUAAUGGAUUUUUUACAAUCAAAUGUCCCGUGUCUCCAUAAGAACUUAAGUUGAAUUGAUGAAAGUUCAUUGAUACAUGACUUGUAAACUAAAAAGACAAUCGACUUAAAGUUUUGUAUGUAUGUAUACUCAGCGUCACUAAUGCCUGAACCUACCGACUGAGCUUGCCCCCAUUUAAAUAAAUGACUAGUAGAGAACAAAGACAAAAGUAAUGACCCUGGGUUACUUACAUACGUACAGGUCUUCGGUGGUUACUAGUAAUUCAUAUACGAGCUCUUGCAACUGUUUUUCUGCUCUCGGAUUUUGACGCUUCUUACCUAGGCGUGCGUAUCGGCAAAAGCUAGUUCAGGCGUCACUUGGUAGAUGGCGCCCAACGACGGGCAGUGUAGUGUAGACAGUAGACAUUAGACAGUUUUGAAACAUGGAGAAAGAUGAAGGAGGAUUGUGGGCGAUAAGUUCAAAGCGGCCAGACUAUCCAACUGCGGCUUACCAAGCAUUAUAAUAAGGUUUUGUCGUUCUAUGGCAGAGAACCAUCAGCAAUACGCGGGCACGGGUGACAGCUGAUCUAUGAAAAAUCUUGUGCGCGUGCUCAUCCUGGAUACGCCACUGGACGUAUUCACCAAAGGCUACAUGUGCGGAGGGCGCGUAGGCGAAAUUAAUGGAUUCGAAAAAGUGGUCGGGACGAUCCGUGGCUCGUGCUCGAACCAGGUGCGUCUUCGAGGAGUCACGACGAGGAGAAGAGUCGUCGAGAGAGAAAACCGUUUUCAAGAAUGAAUCCGCAGGACUUUACUCAAGAGAAUUUUCAAAGGAUCAAGGAGUCCUCGUGUCCUGGUACAUCAACGACGAAUCCAGUCUGCUCGAAGGAGUCGAGAGGAGGGAACCUCUUGGAAAGCUGCAGCGAUCGAUUGGAGGCGCAGAGCUAUCUCAACGAGAAAAAGAUCUUCGACCUCUUCAAGUUCCUCAUCGGACACCUACUCGUGGAUGAGCCGUCCGAUCCUGUAGAGUACCUCGUGGACCUCCUCGACAGGUGUAUUCUCUUCAGGUCAGGCCUUGCAGAGCCACCGUUACUCUUUACGAAUCGCCACGUGGAGAGCAUCUUCCAGAGUAUGGAUCCAAGCGGCCUGGGGACCAUCAGCCUCGAGCAGUACAAAGCCGGGAUGACCACCUUAGGUAUCAGCCAGUACGAGUCCGAACCCAUGGGGCAUCAGGAAGGUCGAGUCAACAAAGAGAUCUUCGUCGGGGAGGCGCGAAAAUGUCUGGUGAGGAUGCUUGUAGAGUUGAUCGGCAAAACAGCCUGACCAUUCCAAUCUCGUUCAAAAUCAACGUUAUUUCCAUCGGUCGUGUUUGAUUACGUGUUUUGGGCACUAGCACCUUUCUCGAAUCACUAAAUAUUCUAUUCGAAUCCCUUUGGGAAAUGUUGGAAAUUUUUCGUAUUUCAAGAACAUAGUAUGCAUAUGUAUAGUGUUUGUAAAAAAUAUAAUAAAAAAACGUGGAAAGUGGCAUUGAAUUGAAAGGAUACAUUCGGCGAACGCGUCCAGCCGAUUUGGGCCAUCGGUACACUGAAGCACAUACGUUUCAUUUUGUUUUGCGCAAGUGCCCAUAAGUCUAUCUCUGUCGCACUAGCACUUGUAUAGCCGCCGUAGAAAACUUGUAAUUCUUUCUGACAACAGAUUACGGAGCUAAUCUCUAAUGAAACGUAGUGUUUUUUAAGUUGCAGAGGAAAGGUCAAUAGGACGAAAGUUUCUUGCACAAGUUCCAGAAAAGUUUUUUAGGUAUCAUAUCGACACGUUUACCAAGUGUCAUUUUGCUAUUGCUAAGAGGGUGUAACGUUCUCAAGAUGCAAGUUCGACCGAAGCUAACAGGUCGAUAACGAUACAGGCGGCUCGCUGUUCUCCAUAUGGCUUAGUACGAGACACAAUCUAUAUCAUGGGAAGAAAGUAAAAAACCAUGAUAGACGCAUUCCGGCAUGUGGUUCGUGUAUGCGUACAGGACGCAUGAUCCAAGAGGAGAGACAUUACGUCCUUUUCGACGGCACACUUCCCUUUGGGAUCGAUUUCAGAAUUCACAAUGCGUCUUCUCGGUUCGAAGAAAGUCUUUGCCUCCUAAACCCAUCAUGCAGCUAUGUCUAAAGCAUUCUUUAUCGUUCAUCAAGUACUCGCAGCAUUCGCUGUACUUGCCGUUAACGAGGCUCGGACCGGAGCGUGCACGGCAAGCAACAGGUAAUUCUUGGCAGUCUGGGCAAAGAUAUUUCCUGCGCGCCGCGAGUCCCAAAGCAACCGAAAGUGUGCGUGUUGCCCAUGACCACCGAGCCAAGUCACCACGAGGCAACUCGUUGCUUCGCCCUGACAUUGAGCAUCUCCUCCCCUCGUCGGUGUGGGAGGAAUGCAUCCUGCCUCUAGCGACGUCGUCGAGUCCCUCUCGAGCAUCCUGAGAACAAACGAUGGAUCUGAGAGACGACGAGCUCGACCGUCUUGGGACUUGAUCUGAUUUUUGCCGAUAGAGAAGAUUUCUCUUGGAUUUUUCUAAAAUACCCUCGAAUCUAACAAGUAGUUGUGUGAUUCGGCAGCGUGUCCGCAUCCACCGGUCGUUCUCUAGCUAUCCCGGGAAGACGAGAAGUAUACUCAGUGACGUACCAGACGACAGCACAGAAUAUAUAGUAUGUAUAAAGCGCCUGGACGAGC